GGGACCGGGCUUCUGAACAGAGCAUUUCGUCUUUACGGUCAGUGUUGAGUCUGAGACAGAUAUAUAUUCCUAAUUAAGCCUUUCGACCAUGCAGUCAUUGGUAACUAUUUUCCUUUUAAGCACUUGUUUUGUAAGCUAAUCCUAUCAUCUCCAUGGAAGGACUUUGCCAUAUACUUUUGGCAUAUCUUCUUUCUAUCUGUACUCAAGUUGAUGAUAGGUAUUAAAUUUAAUGGUUUUCUGAAAAGGAGUGAUAGCAUCUGUCUAACUGUAAGGGGGCCCUGUGGAGGGAGGGUGGGAAGAGACAUCAAGGGAACAGUCAGGAGUAGAGGAUGGAAGUGGGUCAUCACCACCAAGUGGCAGCAGUGUGGAAAAAGAGACAAGAAAUCACUCCUGCCAACUGUUUCUACCUCAGUAUCAUGAGCAUGGUAAGAAAUAGAUUAGUUUGCUUGUUUUUUACUUUGAAGUGUAUGGAUUCCUUCCCUUCUGAGAGAAUAAAACCACCAUUAUCAUCAUAUGUCAAUAAUAAUUGAACACGCAGGUAUGUGGUCCCAAGCAGCACAUUACUGGCAAAGAACAACUCAUUGGCCAAAAUGUGAUAGAUUCUUCAGAUUCUAAAUCACUCACAGUACAAACACUGUGCAUGAACUAAUGAGUGGGGUGAAAGGGCAGCUCAUGGGAGAAUUAGGGAGAAUUGGUUCCCAGCGUCUCCUGGGACUUGCAGCUCCUGGCUGAUGAAAACUGAGAAUGAACACCAUCCCAGAAGCCAUUUAUUUGAGCCCAUAAUUGAUAUAGAGCAAAUGAAAACCCUCAGGGAUGCAUUAAAAGUACGGACUCCUCAGGAAAGCUCCAUCUGCCAGUUGGCUUGCAAAGAUAGUUCUCUGGCCAUCCAUUCAUUCCCUCUCUGUGUGAAUGUUAUGUUGUGUUGGGACUUGCCCUGUCACCUCUCUCUCAGCGAGCACACAGCCACAAAGCAGGGUAAGUAGAGAUUUCACAGCCUGGGACCCAGGGGUCAUGAUGAGGAUUGCCUCGGCAUCUUGGGUGUGCACUGGUUGUUUGCUGGCAGAACCGCAACAUACCCUCUCUUUUCUGUGCCUCCAGGAAGCCUGACUGCAGUGAGACUGUAUUCUUAAGGAGCUCCAGCAACAGCAUCGGCUUUGGAUUAAUCUAAAUAAACUUGUGGAUCCUCAGUGCAUAAGUGUCCAUCUGUUUGGGCCUUUCUAUAUGGGAAAACCACUUAGAAAGAGUCUGUGACAGAGCCAAGUUCAACUCUAUCCUGUGCCUGGUGCUGAAAGAGAUGCUGAACACGACUUGCUCUCUUCCUCUCUGAUCUUACCAGUCUCAGGUCUCAGCUGACUUGUGCACCUGCUGGCUGGAACAUGGAAGAUUUGGAGGAAGAUGUAAAGUUCAUAGCGGAUGAGACCUUGGACUUCGGAGGGCUGUCACCGUCUGACAGCCGUGAGGAGGAAGACAUAGCAGUGUCAGUGACUCCCGAGAAACCCCUCCGAAGAGGACUGUCCAAUCGGAGCAACCCGAAUGCAGUGGCCCCCGCCCCCCAGGGGCUGCGGCUCAGUUUGGGCCCCCUUAGUCCGGAGAAGCUGGAAGAGAUUCUCCACGAGGCCAACCGGCUGGCAGUUCAACUGGAGCAGUGUGCCCUGCAGGAGCAGCAGGGCACAGGCGAGGGCCUGGGGCCCCGAAGGGUGAAGCCCAGCCCCCGGCGGGAGACCUUUGUGCUGAAGGACAGUCCUGUCCGAGACCUGCUGCCCACCGUGAGUUCUCUGACUCGGAGCACCCCCUCCCCAAGCAGCCUGACACCCCGACUCCGGAGCAGCGAUAAGAAGGGGUCAGUCAGGGCUCUCCGGGCAGCGUCUGGAAAGAGGCCCUCCAGUGUGAAAAGGGAGUCACCCACUUGCAAUCUGUUGCCUGCAUCCAAAAGCCCAGCAUCUUCUCCUCUUGCCCGAUCCACUCCUCCGAUCCGGGGCAAAGUUGGGCCCAGUGGGAGAGCAACAGCAAGCCCGCCUACCCCUGUCAGACCGGUCUUGGCCCCACAGCCUCCUACCGGCAACUCUCAGCGCCUCUCUCGGCCACAGGGAGCAGCUGCUAAGCCUUCCAGUCGGCUUCCAGUGCCCUCUGCCAUCCCCAGGCCUGCCAGCCGAAUGCCACUCACCAGCCGGAGCGUACCACCCAGCAAAGGUGCCCUGCCUCCAGCUUCUCUGCCACCUCGGAAAGGACUUCCGCGACCAAGCGCCAUAGGGCACAGGGUUCCUGUUUCCCAGAGGCCAAAUCUGCCUGUCCCUGGUGCCACUCGCAGCAGUCUGCAGCCCCCGAGGAAAGUGGCGGUCCCAGGACCCACCAGGAUCAUGACCUGAGCUGAAACCAAAAGUCGGACACUCAACCAACUGAGCCACCCAGGCGCCCUGGAAGAGGGACAGUUUAAAGCA